AUGGUCAAACUUCAUCUAUCCCUUGCUGCUGCCUUUGCAGCAUUUACGCUCACCACUGCGGAGAAAGCUCCCGGUGAUAUUAUUGAAAUGAAAAUGGCGACCACUGGACAAACGGAUCAGAUACGCAUUCUCACCAAACCCAGACCAGGCUACACCCCCGCGGCCGAUGCUCCAAGCGUUUGGAAUAUGAAGGAUGGCUGUGAGGAUGUGAGCUCAGUCGAUUUCAUCUUUUCUCCUGUGGAUGACGAAUCCAAGUGCUGCAAGCUUGAGUCGCUCGAUGGGUUCAACCUCUGGCCAGAACAACAAGGUUACACUAUCCCUGGCGGAGCCAACAUUGUUGCCCAAGAACAGUUCGCUCUCGACAAUGGUUGCUUCGAGAGAAACCGUGGAUCAGGUGGCUCGUACACCCUUCAAUCAGGCGAAACGUACAAUUCCUACAUGGCCCAAUUUUUGUCUCACGACCAAUCGACGGUAUUCUUUGACAAUGUUGUGGAGUUCCACAACCAAGACAUUGUUGCCAUUAUUCACGACACCGACAAACUGAAGGAAUCUGAUCAAUUAUUCGCGCUUGGGGGGCAAUCGACCUACAAAGAUGUUCGCGAUGAUGAAUGGAGGGGUUUUGAAGCCAACAGCCAUCGAUAUGAAUCCUUGCAUGUCAAUUGUCUUGCUCGACCAAGCCCUGGAUCUUGUCCCGUUACUCUAUCCACUGCCGUUAGCGAAGUUGCCGUAUCCAACGAAUCUUGCGAGGGUAGAGGUUGGGGCGACCCGCACAUGGUCACUUUCGACGGUCUUCGUUAUGAUGUGCAUGUGAAGGGUGAACUAAUCCUUGUGAAGUCAUUGGACUCUGCCUUUGAGAUCCAAGGUAGAACCGAAGCCGUCGAAAACCACAAUGCAAGACCUGCUGUCACUACCGGCAUCGUCGUCAACGAAGUCGGUGACAACCCAAGAAUCCAAGUCUCUUUGGCACGCGACGCCAGUGACACGUACACUGAAGUACUUCGUGCCAGCGGUUGCCGUGGAGAUCAUUGCAACUGUCCUGUUCAGCUCUUUGUGGACGGCGUUGCCCGACCAGUAUCGUCCGGAUCUGGCAAUACUAUGGCAUCUGUGGCAGUGACUGGCGGCAAUAGAAUCACUAUCCAGUACCCCGAAACAAAAGUCAAGGUUACGAUGGAUGUCAGAAACUGGAGACAAACUUGCCACUUUUCCGUAACCUACACUUUGGCCGACUGUCGACCAAACGAGAAUAUCGUUGGUCUGGUUGGAUCUCCAGACAACGAGUGGCGAAAUGACUGGAUGCAGCGCGAUGGAACUCCAAUUCCUAUUCCUCCUUCUUUGAAAAAGGGAGCUGGAUUCGAGCCAACUUAUAUCUACACUCGGGAUAACUGGUGCGUGGACAAGGAGUCCGACUCUUACUUCGAGUAUGAAGCCAACACCGAUUUUGCAUUCUUCGAUGAGUGCGACAACCCAUAUGAUCCUUCCUUGGAGCAAGCUGUUGCCAAUGCGGAUGCUGCAGUUAUUGAGGAAUGCCAAGGGGAUGUGUUUUGCAUUGUCGACAGCAUUGCUCUUGGUCCAGAGGCUGCGGAAGCGUAUCUUGAAGAUCCAGCUCUUAACCACACUCUUUCACAAACAGCUUCCACCGAUAUUGAAAUUGUUCUUCAAGUUCCUGAUGAGUCUCCCGAUCCCAACUGUCCCGUUUGCAAGGCAAGAGGUUGGGGCGAUCCGCACAUUAUUACUUUCGAUGGAGUUACUUACGACGUCCACGUCAAGGGCGAGCUAACCUUCCUCAAGAGUUUGAGCACCGAUUUUGCCAUCCAAGCACGGACACAGAUCGUCGCCAACCAUCCAAAGGGACCCGCUGUGACUACUGCAGUGGUUGUCCACGAGGACAGUACCUUGGGACUCCCUGUCGUUCAGGUUUCACUAGGCAAGGACGAGGACAGCGAGCUUGCAACUAUGAUUGGACCAUGUGCCGUGCAGCUUUUUGUAGAUGAGGAAGCCAAGGACAUUCGACUUGGAACUGGAUCUUCUGAUGUCACCGUGCAGGUCAAGAACAAGCGAAUUGUUGUCGAAUAUGCUUCGACCAACUUGCGGUUGGACAUGGAUGUGAAGGUGUGGCGCGACACUUGCCAUUUUUCUGUGAACUAUUUCUUGGCCGAUUGUCGCUGUGAUGAGACUUUGGUUGGGAUUCUCGGUCAGCCUGAUGGAGACAGCUACAACGAAUGGCACGAUCACACUGGCAAUGCUGUCGACAUUCCAUCCAACGGACGCAAGCGUCGCGGUAUUGAAGCAUACAACUAUUCUAUGACUUGGUGCAUUUCUGAGGAAGAUUCCCACUUCACCUACGAGUCUGGAAUGAAUCAUGGCACGUUCGACAAGUGUACCUCGGACAACUUUGAUUUGGACAUUGAUGAUCUGAUCGAAAAUGCUGAUACGGACACAAUUGACAAGUGUACCAUCGACGGUGUCUUGGAGGAAGGUUGCGUGUUAGAAUGUGAAUUUUUGGGCGACGAGGCAUGCGAUGAGUACAUUGUGAUUAUUCAAGAAACCGAGACAGUGGAAAUCACUGACGAACCGACCUCAGGUCCCACACCAGUACCUACUUCUGGGCCAACUCGAGUCCCUACCUCAGGUCCCACACCCGUUCCUACUUCCGGACCAACUCCCGUCCCAACCCCAGUACCUACUUCUGGACCAACUCCCGUGCCUACCUCGGGUCCCACUCCAGUGCCCACUUCUGGACCAACUCCGGUACCAACUUUGGAAGGAUCAAGCGGGCCAACUGUGGCAGCAUCAAGCUCUCCUACGACACUCCCAACUCCAGGUCCCACUUCAGGACCUACCUCUGGACCAACAAAGGAACCAACUCCAGUACCCACAUCUGGACCAACUCUGGUACCAACUUCGGAAGCAUCAAGCGGACCAACCGUGACAGCAUCAAGCUCUCCUACGACACUUCCAACUCCAGGUCCCACUUCAGAGCCGACCUCUGGACCAACUCCCGUGCCUACAUCAGGUCCCACAUCUGUUCCAACAAGCGCACCCACAAAGCAAAGCCAGCUUGGAACUGCCGCCAGUGAUAUCACCACGCCGGAAACGAAUGUCACUAAUCCUGAUGAAAUUCUUGAAUCCGACUCUGGAAGCAGGGGUGACCCACACUUCAAAUCAUGGGUCGGAGAACACUUUGAGUAUCAUGGGCAAUGUGAUUUGGUCCUUGCUAAGGAUGCCAACUUUGCUGAUGGCCUUGGAUUGGAUGUACAGAUUCGCACCAAGCUUGUUCGCUUCUGGAGUUACAUCAAGAGAGCCGCCAUUCGAAUUGGCGAUGACAUCCUUGAAGUGGAAGGUUCAGGCGACAUGAGCGAGACAGAUCCUCUCUAUUGGUUCAAUUUUGUUCACCAGCGACCUGUACAGACAGUAGGCGGCUUUCCAGUUCAAAUCACCAAGGGAACCGGUCGCUCACACAGACACAAGUUUGAAAUUGACUUGAGCAGCAAGUACCCUGGCCAGAAGAUCGUCAUUGCGACGAUGAAGGAGUUCGUGCAGGUGGACUUUGUUAACGCCUCCGCCAAAGCUUUCGGCAAUGCUGUUGGUAUGUUGGGAGACUUCAAGACUGGAAAGACCUAUGCUCGUGACCAAACUACUGUUAUCAAUGAUUUUAUCGAACUCGGAAACGAAUGGCAGGUGUUGCCACAGGACAAUAUAUUGUUUCAAGAUGUGUCGGACCCCCAGUUCCCCAAGCGUUGCAUCCUUCCAGAAGAUCCGCGUGGAGACCGCCGCCGCCGUCUUGAAGAAUCGACUAUCACCAUGGAGGAGGCUGAAGCGGCAUGCUCCAAGGGUUUGAGCGAUCCUUUGGACAUCAAGGAUUGCGUAUAUGAUGUCUUGGCAACCCAAGAUAUGGAUAUGGUUGGGGCCUUCUAA